CCAACGGGCUCGAAAGCAGCAUUUUUCCCUGAAGGGGAGGGAGCUGCACAGCUCUUUGGCAGACAGAGCUGCCUUCACUGUCUUCUCACCUCUUUGAAGGCGGCGCACAUGAAGGCCUCUCAGCACUUUGGCAGACAUGGUUUUGACCAUGACAAGAUUGCCGCAGUGCUGAGCAGUGGCAAGAAGGAAGAAGUGCUGCCAGUGUUGAGAGCUCUGAUCUCGGCUGGCAAAGCUACCAUUGGAUCACUCCAGGUUGUGGAUCGCAUUGGCCGCUUGCUGAGGGACCGGGACCCGGAUGUGGCCUCCACGGCAGCUGAGCUUCUAAUAGCAGCGGAUGCAGCGGGGCGAUACGAGGAGGCCUUGAUCCUGAUGCUGCAGCGGCGGGAGGAUGCUUGUGUCAUGGCGGCCUUGUCAGCCUUCUCCAAGCUGGGCUCCAAGAUCAGCCCAUCCCGCAAGGAUUUGGUGGUCCACCACAUUGCGACUUGCUUGUCUGGCAGCCGCCAGGUGCAUUGCCGCGCCUUGCGCACCUUGGGAGAGCUUCGGGCCACCCGGCAAGCCUUGGACAUCCAGAAUCGUUUGGAGAACCAGAAGGCACUGUUUCGCACAAAGCCUGCAGAAGAGGUGCGGCAGCUCCAAGAUGGUGCCCAGGAGCAAGAAGUGGCGAAGUUGAGGGAGCAGAUGAUGCACCUCGCAUCUCAUUGCUCUGAGUUGGCAAAGGCCAGAGGGGAUGCCUCUCGCUUGGCCGAAGGCUUGAAAGAAGUUCAGGAAGCUCUUGCUGAGUCAGAAAGGAGUGCAGACCAGCAGGACAAGCCGGAAGUGACGAAGUUGAGGGAGCAGAUGAUGCACUUGACUUCCGACUUGGCCAAGGCCACAGGAGAUGCUUCCCGCCUAGCUGAGGAGCUGAAGGAAGCGCAGCAGGCUCUUGCAGAGUCGGAAAGGAGUGCAGACCAGCAGGCGCAGCAGUUCCUGCAGAAGGAAUGGUGCUGGAAGAAUGAGACUGCGAAAUUAGAGGAAGCAGAAAGCUUUGCAGAAGCAGCUGCACAAGAGAAGGACGUGUUGCGCAUGGAGCUUGCAGAGAAAGUAAGACAGCUACAAGAACGUGCUCAGGAGGAGCAGGAAGUGGCGAAGUUGAGGGAGCAGAUGAUGCACCUCGCGUCCCAUUGUUCUGACUUGGCAGGGAAUGCCUCUCGCUCGGCCGCAGACUUGAAGGAAGCGCAGGAAGCUCUUGCUGAGUCAGAAAGGAGCGCAGACCAGCAGGCGCAGCAGUUUCUGCAGAAGGAAUGGUGCUGGAAGAACGAGACUGCGAAAUUAGAGAAAGCAGAAGAGUUUGCAGAAGCAGCUGCACAAGAGAAGGUCGUGUUGCGCACAGAGCUGGCAGAAAAAGUGAGGCAGCUACAAGAAGCUCAGGGCAAGCGGGAAGUGACAAAGUUGCGGGAGCAGAUGACGCACUUGACUUCCGAUGCUCCCCACAUGGCUGAGCUUGCAGAAGCAGCUGCGCAAGAGAAGGCCGUGUUGCGCACAGAGCUGGCAGAAAAAGUGAGGCAGCUACAAGAAGCUCAGGCGCAGCAGUUCCUGCAGAAGGAAUGGUGCUGGAAGAACGAGACUGCGAAAUUAGAGGAAGCAGAAAGCUUUGCAGAAGCAGCUGCGCAAGAAAAGGCCAUGUUGCGCACAGAGCUUGCAGAAAAGGAGGAACGUCUACAAAAAGAGUUGCCGGAAGCACAACAGGUUUUUGCUCAAUCUGAGGCAGCACAAAGGCUUGCGGAAGCAGCUGCGAAAGAGAAGGCCGUGUUGCGCACAGCACUCGAAGAAAAGGAGAAACGGCUACAAAAAGCAGCUCAGGAGUUGACGGAAGCACAACAGUCCGAGAAGCGUGCAGAGCAAGAGAAGGCCGUGCUGCGCACAGCACUCGAAGAAAAGGAGAAACGCCUACAAAAAGCAGCUCAGGAGUUGACGGAAGCACAACAGUCCGAGAAGCGUGCAGAGCAAGAGAUGGCAAAGUUGGAGGAAGCACAAAGGCUUGCGGAAGCAGCUGCACAAGAGAAGGCCGUGCUGCGAACAGCACUCGAAGAAAAGGAGAAACGCCUACAAAAAGCAGCUCAGGAGUUGACGGAAGCUCAACAGUCCGGGAAGCGUGCAGAGCAAGAGAUGGCAAAGUUGGAGGAAGCACAAAGGCUUGCGGAAGCAGCUGCGCAAGAGAAGGCCGUGCUGCGAACAGCACUCGAAGAAAAGGAGAAACGCCUACAAAAAGCAGCUCAGGAGUUGACGGAAGCACAACAGUCCGAGAAGCGUGCAGAGGAAGAGAUGGCAAAGUUGGAGGAAGCACAAAGGCUUGCGGAAGCAGCUGCGCAAGAGAAGGAAAGGGCUCCAAGUGAGAAGGCAAAGGAAGGCUCUGACAGCUCAACUGCAGAUAUGGAGCGUGGCCCGUGGGACUCUCCACGAACGCUGGACUCAUGCACGAGUGAGGGAUCGCCGAAGGAGGUUGGGCCAGGCGGCUCUUUUCACAGCGCUGGUGGGAAACAGCCCGCUGCUCCUGCUGCUUCGGAUGGGUUGACGCCAUCUUCAACCAAGCAGGUCAAUGACGUUUCUGAUUUGGCAUCUUUGUCAACAUUGUCCACCUCGCCGCCUGCCAUGAACAAGGAUCUGCACCAGGUAUCGCUUGGUCAAGAUGGUGGUGAAGCCCGAGUCGUCGUGUCUUGCCCGGAGGCGCACUAUGACAAGGUCCAAAAGAUUUGCAUGGAGCUGGACAUUGUUCAGGCUUUUGGCAGAAAGGGUGACUAUGUUGAUGACCUAGAUGGUGAUGAAUGGUUUGGCAAGUGGCAAUCUCGAGUUGUGGCUUCUGCUACUACCGCCCUACAGACAAGGAAAUGCAAAAAUGCCGAGCUCUUUUGCAUCGCAGGUGGCAAGCAUUGCCACAAAGAGGUUGGGAAUCAACCCAUGCUGAUUGAAGCUAUCGAAAAGGCUAUGAAGGAAUCGAAGUUACCAGCCGUGAAAAUCAGGUUUUCAUGGAUGAAGGUGGAGCAGUUCGAAGAGCACAUCCGAAAGUUGGCGGAAGAGGAGAUCCAAAAGGAUGCAAAGCUUCGAAAGAGAAAGCUGCUCGAUCUUCUUGAGGAAGACCCUCAGGCCGCCGAGCUGUUUGCAAAGCUCACCGACUAUGUGGAACUUGAUGAGAAGUCCAAGCGCUUGGUGAUCAUAGGCGACACAGGAGCUGGGAAAAGCACUUUCUGCGGUUUGUUGGAUGGCUCUCUGCAGAAGUUGAAGAAGGGCGUUGACGACAAGGGCAUGCCAUUGUGGGAGUGGGAGUCCAACUUUAAGCUUGGCCACAAAGCCAGCUCAGAGACCGACCAGCCCCAGUUGCGCAAGUGCUAUGCCUUUGGCCAAGACGGAGAGGACCCCGUCCCACUCCUUCUCAUGGACACACCUGGUUUGGAAGAUAGCAGAGGCAAGAAGAAAGACGACGAUCACAUGGCCGAGGUGGCCAAGUGGGUCAAUGGCCUUCGGUACAUUCAUGGAAUUGUGAUUCUCCUCAAGAACGAUACUCGUAUCUCGCGCGGCCUUCGGAACAACCUCGAAUUCUUCCAAUCGAUUUUUGGGACUGACAUGUGGGUCCACGCCACCGUGGUUGUGAACAGGUGGCCCCAGGAUUCAAGAUCAAGGAAGAAGCGUGCAGAAGGAGGUCUUCAGUCAACUGCACAAUUUGAAGAAGAGUUUCGUGGUGUCCUCCAGAAACCGCGUCCCAAAGAUGCCACAGGCGAUGAUUGUGGAGUUGGCUUGGCGGAAGACAAAGCCCGGAGGCUUCCUUUCUACUUUGUGGACACUUUGUAUGACAGAGGCGAAGAGGACGAAAAAAGCAGUAUGCGCAACGAACUCGACAACAUAAGAAGGUGGGCGCUAAGUCUUCAAGAAUGGUUUGUCCAAGCUACGACGCAAUCUCCUGAGCUGAAGAACCUGAUCCAUGUGGUGGAGUCAACAAACCAAGCUGCAGAUCUGGAGACUGCUUUGGAGAAAGCAUUGGGCGUUGAUCCCAGGCCGGCAGAUGUGACACGAAAGAAGGUGGAAGCUGUAAGGAAAGAGAUAGAAGUGAGAUCAACGGCAGACAGGGUAGAUGAGGCAGAAAAGGCGCUUCACAAGUUCGAGGAAACAGGCAACAGGGAGGACGCCCAAACAUUUGUCCAGAAAUUCGGUGCGCUGAAUUCCAAGCAAGCUGCCGCAGUAUCAUCAACCAAGAUGUCUCGGUUGAAUCCUGCCUUCGAAGUCUUGGAAAAAGCCUUGGAAGGAAAGAAAUCAGAGACAGAGACAGCCACUCUUGAAGUGUCGCCGCAAUUUCAUCAACACGCGCAAAGACUCAUUAAGGAGAGAAACGAAGCCUUGACGCAACUGGAUGAAGCGGUCAGAGAAAGCUCGACGGAGAAGGUUGUUCGUGCACUCGCCAAGUGUGACUCUCUAAGAUUGACGGAUCCAAGCAUCCCAAAAGCAAAGACCUGGUUGGAGGAAACGCAGAGUGCAUUGGGACAGCUUGAGAACGCUCACAAGCAAAAGUCUAUGGAAGCCGUAAAACAAGCCCUUGCCCUUUGCGAAUCUCUUAAUCUGCCAGCGGACAAAUUGCAGAUUGCGAGGACCUGGCUAAAGGCUGAAGCGAAGCAGGUUCUUGACACAGCUGUAGAACAAGCAGAGUCCAUCAAGAAGGUCCGAGAAGCGCUACUUUUUUGCGAAUCAGUUGGUGUCCCGCCGGAUGACCUGCGAAAGGCGCACCAUUGGUUGGAGGAUGAGCAGAAGGUUCAGAGGCUUAUCGAGGAGUUCGAUGAAAAAUAUGGCCUCGGGCUGUCGAAGGAAUUUGAUUCUUUCACAAAAGCAGUGAAGUUGUGGGUCAGAGAGCAUGGAGUCACAGGGACGCUUGGGCACAUGGAGACACGCUUUGAGCGGUUGAAACAAAUAGUGAAUGAGUUUCCAAAGAUGACAGAGGUUUCCAAAAUCAAGGUGUGCACGCUGAUCAAAUCAACCAAGUUGAACCCGCAGAGCACCCGCAAGGAAUGGCAGGAUGUGCUAGAUCCGGCAAGAGAACAUGGCAUGAAUGGAUUGCAGUUGCAAAAACUGCAGACAGAUUAUGAUAACCGUUUGUUCUUUCAUGGUGACAUUGUCACCAUGGAAACCAACAGAUGGGAUGAUCACUACGUCUAUGUCAGUGACGAUCACAACUAUGUUUUUGCAAGAAAGAGAUCCACUCUGGAAGGGUAUGAGCUAACGAAAGCCUCAUGGCGGCUGCAUAUCGACGGUGACCUUCAUAAAUUCGAGAGCAUGAAAUGCAGUGGCCGUUACUUGUGCGCAAUGGACCACGAAACAAACAAGCUUUGGGUGGGGAUCAGCAAAGGCAGCAUUGAGGAAGACCGGUGUCGUUGGAAGCUGGAACCAGAUGGCUCAUACUACGGCUUGUGGAACGAGAGGGGAGACUUCACUCAUGCGCUCACGUUCCACAACCACGAACCAGGUUUUGGGCGGCCAUAUUGCGCGAGGAUACCCCGCAUUGGAGGAUGGGAGAAAGUCUACAUCCGAAGAGUUUGAAGACUCUGAUUACUUCUGAAGAAGAUAUGUUAAUUCAGAAACGACGGUGAAUCGACGUCGCUUGCGGCUUGGCGAAAUCUUUUGGGAUUUUAGCCCGGUGGCUUGCCCUUUUCAUGUUUUGUUGUUGCCAAAGGCAUUUGCUAUAAUAUGUACACAGUCUCCUUGACUGAAGACAGCGCAGGGCCAAGAGCCAAGAAUCUUAUGCUCGGACUUCCCUGUAUCAUGACAAUGCCACAGUUUUAUGACUGGUGCUUCUGAGCUCAGCAUGCUGCCUUGUUUGACGGGAAUGCAGAAGAAAUCCAAAGAUGUCCAGAGGAUACAAAAGUUCAAGAAAACCAGGUGUGCCUGUCCUAUUUGCUGAAAUGUUUUUUUUCCCAAGAUGCUUUGCCUUUAGCCUUCCAAAGUCAGGCUGAGACCAAUCAUUUUGAGCAAGGGGGUUGCCACUGUGGAUUCACAUGCCCUUUGCGUGUGAGAGAUUUGUAUCAUCAGUGGAUCGAGCGCAUGCAGG